AAUGACAAACCAAACACAGUUGUAAGCUUCAUUGCUGUGUUUUAAUGGCUUCUCUCUAGUCUCUAUCUCUUCACUGUCUGAAUCUUUCCAUCCGGACCUCAUCUGAAAACCCAAGCCACUGCUCCGAUCGCCGGAGAGAGUAAAGAUGCAUCUGAAUCUGCCUAUUCCCGGCAACAAGCAGUCAACGGAGCAGAGACCCAGGCCGCUUCAGCUCAAAUACGCGUUGCAAUCUGUGAAAUCUCAGGUACCUUUGAACCAGUGCGUUUUCCUUCUCGCCACCAUCGUUCUCCAAAUCUGGGUUCUCUUCUCCCUCAUCCAUUCCUCUCCGGCCAAGUCCGCCGCCGGCCACCACCAUCUGUUGCCCCACCGCCACGACUGCAGCUCCGGCAAGGUCUACGUCUAUGAGACUCCGCGGAUGUUCAACUACGAGCUCGUGGAGAAUUGCAACGAGCUGGAUCCUUGGAAAGCGACCGGAUGCAAGGUGGUCGCUAAUGGCGGAUUUGGGCUGCCGGCGAAAGGGCUGGAGAGCGUGGUUCCCGAGAAUCUCCUCCCGGCGUGGUACUGGACGGAUAUGUACUCCGCGGAGCUGAUUUACCACGAGCGGAUGUUGAAUCACCAGUGUAGAACCAUGGAUCCGGAGGAGGCCACCGGAUUCUUCAUCCCCUUUUACGCCGGGAUUGCCGUCGGCAAGUUUUUGUUCACGGAGUUCAACUAUACGUACCAAGAUCGAGACCGUUACUGUAACAUGUUCCUCGAUUGGCUAGAAGAGCAACCGACUUUUGCUAGGUACAAAGCUGUAGAUCACUUCAUUAUGCUGGGGAGAUUAACCUGGGAUUUCCGGCGAUUGGCCGACAACAGCGCCGAUUGGGGGACCAGCUUACUGUACAUGCCUCGGAUGAAGAAUGUUUUCCGGUUAGGGGUAGAGAAGCACCUGAAGGACCGAUUGGAAGAGAGCGUGCCGUACCCCACCGGAUUCCACCCCCGGUCGGAGGCCGAUAUCCGGCAAUGGCAGGCCUACGUCCGGUCCCAGAAACGCGACAGCCUCUUCACCUUCGUCGGCGCCAAGCGCCACAAAAUCAAGAACGACUUCCGAGGCAUGCUAAUGGACUACUGCAUCGACGAGGAUGACUGCCGCGCGGUGGACUGCUCCGCCGUGAUGUGCUCCGACGGGUCGCCGGCCGUGUUCGACGCCUUCCUCCACUCCGAUUUCUGCCUCCAACCCAAAGGAGACGGCAUGACCCGACGGUCAAUGUACGACUGUAUGAUCUCCGGCGCCGUCCCGGUGUACUUCUGGCAAGGCACGUACAAGGACCAGUACGUGUGGCACCUGCCGUGGAUUUCGGAGACAUUCACCGUCUACGUCGACCACAACGACGUAAGAAAUACCAACGGUACGGUGAUCAGAGACGUCCUAAAAAGAGUCCACCCAGACAACGUUAGACAGAUGAGAGAGACGCUGAUAGAUCUGAUGCCCAAAAUGCUUUACGCCAGCCGGAAAGAAGGCCUGGGAAGUAUCAGAGACGCGUUUGACAUCACGCUUGACAGAGUUCUGAAGAGAUUGAAGGCUCGCAAAUCGCAUCUCUUAUCCGGAGCGGCAGAUGAUUACGAGAUCUUCUAAGUUCUAACAAAAUCGCCGUUUUCAGUCGCCUGAAUCUUGAUUUUCCGGCCGCCCUGUAAACUUAAUUAGCUUGUUGUUAUUAAUUAAUUAUUACUAUUGUAUUCGUUUUUUGGGUUCUGCAUAGAGGACUGAAGAAGAAGAAACCAAGAUUUAUUUUUGCUGUUCUCCAUAUAUUACUACUGGAUCGAUCGGUAUAUUACAGAUAGCAUAAUAAUGAUGAUGUUCUUUUUACAGAAAAAUUUAUUAGGUGAAAUGGUAACAUGAGAUUUCCGUUUGUGUAAUGUAAAAUUUUGUGGUGUUAUACAUAAAUGGAUAUUUUGUGUUUUGAGAUUUA